AUUCUAUAUAUUGUAGAGACAUGCAGAUUAUACCCAUGCAAUUAUACACUGUAGGAAAACGGAUGGCUGAAGCGAUCAAUUAUAAGGAAGCCAAAGAAGAGAUGGAAAAGCACUUCCAAUUCGUGGCGAAAGAGAUCGGCCGCGAUUGGAAAAAGUUAGGUAGAAAGUUAAAGCGGAUUACUAAAACUAUUAUCGAAAACAUUGAUGACGAGUUUCAGUCCACGGAGGAAAAAGCUUACCAGGUUUUAAUGAAAUGGUAUCAAGCAAAUGGCCAGGCUGGUGCUACGAAAGAGGUUCUGAUCAAAGCGUUACAAGCAAUUGACAAAACGUCCAUAGCGGAGGAGCUUGUUUAUCGUGAUCACUGUGAUCCUAGCUACGGUACGCGUCAGGACUUUGCAUAUAUAUAGUC